UAGUGACGCCCCAGGAAACGCUCUCCGCGCUUUCACUUGUGCGUGACAGGAGGAUCCGGUGGCACGCAGAAAGUCAGAGGCUGUACUCGUUAUAAGACAAGAUGGCUGGGCUGCCCCGUAGGAUUAUUAAGGAGACGCAACGUUUAUUGGCUGAACCUGUACCUGGAAUAAAGGCUGAGCCCGAUGAAAACAAUGCACGUUAUUUCCAUGUGGCUAUAGCAGGACCACAGGACUCUCCAUUUGAGGGAGGGACAUUUAAACUUGAAUUAUUCCUUCCAGAAGAAUACCCAAUGGCAGCUCCUAAAGUACGAUUCAUGACCAAAAUCUAUCACCCUAAUGUAGACAAGUUGGGAAGAAUAUGUUUAGAUAUCUUGAAAGAUAAAUGGUCACCAGCCCUGCAGAUCCGUACAGUGCUCCUAUCAAUUCAGGCUUUGUUAAGCGCUCCAAAUCCAGAUGAUCCAUUAGCAAAUGAUGUAGCUGAGCAAUGGAAGACAAAUGAAGCCCAAGCCAUAGAAACAGCCAGAGCAUGGACUAGGCUAUACGCUACAAAUAAUGUUUAAAUACACCUUGACAUCAAGUGUGCAUCACUUCUGUUCUGCCAAGACCUCCUCCUUUUUUGUUUGCAUUUAAUGGACACAGUCUUAAAAAAAGUAAAAAAUAAUAAAAAUACAGAAUAUAAAAAAAAGCCCAGACAUGGUCAGUCUUUGGUGAUUAAAUGCACAUUAGCAAAUCUCAUGUCUUUUCCUAAUUCGCUGUUGUGUCGCAUGAGCAGAGGCUAAAAAAUAUCAUCGGCAUGUUUAAAAAAAGGUGGCAAACUAUGCUAUCUCCAUUUUCCCUUGAUGAUUUGAAUAUAAGCACUGUGAAUGAAGGUCGUAUAGAUUAGUUGCAGUAUAAAUGUUUUUUUUUUUUUUUUAUUAUUAUUAUUUUAAUUGAUGGACUUUGUUUCUUUUUAUUGAUUAUCAUAAUUUACAUUUUUUGGAAGCAGCUAAUCUGCACUUUAGCAUAAAUACCCUGUAGCAAACUACCUAGAGUAGAUGGAUUAACUUAAUUGAUACAAAAUUGGAACCUUGUUUAAAAACAAAAAAAACACCCGCCCCUUUAACUAAUAUCUAUUAUUUCAAGUGUUAGACCAUCCAGAGCUUAUGACCAUUUUGUAUGGCUUGUCUUGAAAAUCUGUAAAUCUUAUGUUUUAGUAAAAUAUUUUUUGUUAUUCUACCUUUUGCCUUUGUACAUUUUUUUUUUUUUUUUUUUUUCUCCAUCAAGUGCCCUUUCUAAGUGUCAAAACACUAUAAAAUGUACAGCCCUUUUCUGUGAUAGACAUAAAAAUAUGUAAGAUGAAAGUAAAAAUACUGAAAAUUAAUAUUAUUUAUCCUAGUCCUGUGCCAGUAUGAAGGCGCAUUACAUUGUUUAGAUACGUGCUACUAGAUUUUAAACAAUAUUGAUUGUUAAAACUGUAGAUCAUAUUCAUACAGUUCAGAAAUACAUGAGAUAUUGGAUAUUGCACUGUUGCAAACAAAAUUGUAUAAUUUACAUUCAAUGCAAUAUUUAAGUUGUACCUAUAUUAGCUUUGUUUAUGGUGACUAUUUUCCGCAAAUAUUGCAUUUUGGUGAUCAGUGUAUCUAUUUAACCGCAUAAAGCACUUAUAGCGCGGUAUCAUAGAUUUGAGCAUAAGCUAUAACCUUUCUAUUUCUUAUUUUAAUUAUUCCACCUUUAACAACUUUUUUAUAAUUUGUAUCCAAAAUAAUUAGGACGGGUGUAUUUUACUUCUUCUUGCAUCCUGUGUGCAGAAAAAUGUGAUAUUGAUUUUGGGCCACAGAAAAUGUUUAUCACAAAAGAGUAAGCAGUGGGAAAAGCUAGUAAGAGUUAGAACUAGAUUUGAAAAUAGCCCAAAAUCUAAACACUAUUCAAUUUUAAGCAGUCAUAAUAGUUGAAAAAUUGUGUGCACUACUAUGUGCUUAACCUCCGCAAAGAGGAUAAGGAUGCAUUAGAAUUACCUCUCAGGACCCACAUAGCACUGCUCGUCCCAAGCAGAAAUUGCUGCUGAUCCAACCAGCAAUGCUAGUUACAUAGCUAUCAUAUGAUUAGCUCUGCUGAUUGGAUAAGCAGCCGUUUCUGCUUCUACUAUUAUUAAACACAUAAUAGUGCAGGGUAGAUAUUCUUAAAAUUACAUGCUCUAACAAAUUACAGCAUUCAAUUUUUCAACUAUUAUGGCUCUUUAAUUUUUCUUAUUAUUGAAAGGACAAAAUAAAACAUCAAUAACAAAUCAAUCUAAUGUGUUGGAACGUUGUAUUAUUGCACAAUUGCUUGCUUAUAUGUAUGUGUUUAAGCACUGCAAAAGGGUAAACUAAUCAGGCUGGCAAUGCUACUGAUCUAGGGCUGAACACUGCCGUUGAACUGCAUGUGCGCAUAGCCACCAAUUAGAGGAUGUGUGUUGCCAUUCCAGAACAGACUUUUAAUUAUGUGUUUAAUUCCAUUGCAAGGGUUAAACACAAAGAUUUGUCCAAGCAAUAGAGGAAUAAGAAAAGUCUCUAGCACAUUAAUGAAUUUUUUAUUAAUAUAUUUUGUCCCUGUAAAAAAAAAAUAUUCUUUUUUUCCUAUGUCAGUUUCCUAAGAUCAUAACAGGGAACACCAUUUAGAUACGCACAAGAAAUGUUGCUAUUGCAUGAAAUAUGGCUGAACAUUUAAAGAUUUUUUGGAUUUAGGAAAUACAGGAGCAUAAAAUCAUACCGCCAUCACUAGCCAUGCCCUUUUUAAUAACUUGUCUUCAGUCCCAUCAUUACUUUAAUAUGUCAUUGCAUAUCACUCAAUCCAUUAAAGGGAUAUAAAACCCAAAACAUGUUCUUUCAUGAUUCAGAUAGGAGUAAAUCAGAAAGUUGAUUAAAACUGCAUGCUCUAUAUUAUCACUUUUUCUUCAUUCUCUUGGAAUCUUUAUUUGAAAAAAAGCAGGCAUGUAAAGCUUAGGAGCCGACCCAUUUUUGGUUCAACACCCUGGGUAGCGCUUGCUAAGUGGUGGCUACAUUUAGCUGGCUCCUAAGCUUACAUUCCGGCCUUUUCAAAUUAAAGAAAAAAUAAUCGGAGUAAAUUAGAAAGCUGCUUAAAAAUGUAUGCUCUAUCUGAAUCAUGAGAGAGAAAAAAUGGGUUUCAUAUCCCUUUAACUUAAUGUUAUCCUUUAAAAAUAUUAACUGAAAAUUACUGGUAUUAAAGAGUUGACUUUAUGUGUGGUAUAAGACAGACUAGAUUGCACUUACCAAAUAUCUAUGUACAACAGAAACCUUGGUGAUAAAAAUGUUUACCAAUUGGUUUAUAUGGUAGUGUCUCUUUAUAUUAAAGGAAUAUUGACAUGUUUAAUCUUUCUUCCACACACUUGAUACAUGGGUUAGAUAUUGAAUCAUUUCAUUUGAAGCCUCCACAUUUUGUUUUACUAGGGAAAAAUAGUGUAACUAUUGCUGUAACCUUCUCCAGUCUCUCUGGGUAUUGGAUACUUCACUCCAUGGAAAAUAAUGCACCUGUACAGCUGUGCAGGUCUUGAUUGGCUAAACAAAAUAUAAAUUUUGUUACACUGAAGGGUUUUUGUUUAGUUUAGGGAGGGGGUUUGAAGGGGAGAGGGGAAUAAAUAAAUAUGGUCAACAAUUUUCCAGUUUACUUGUUUUCAAAUGUUCUUACUUUCCUUUACUGAAGAGCAUACUUAGAUAGGUAGGUUCAUGUGCUCUACUGUGAGCUAGCUGGUGAUUGGUAAAAGUACAUAUGCCUUUUGUCAUUGGCUUACUAAACGUGUUCAUCUAGCUCCAAGUAGUGCAUUGCUGCUCUUAAGCAGAGGAUACCAAGAGAACAAAGCAAACUUGAUAACAGGAGUAUAUUGGGAAAAUCUUUAAAGUGAAGGUAAACUUUGGUGAAUGAAAGCACGAUUUUUAAAAAUACUAUUAAAAACGGGCACUUUCAUACAUCAAAGUUUACAAAGCAGCCGUUUUGUUAAAAAAAUUACCUUUUUUUCUUUUCACAGCUAGAGCAGCUUCCCCCACAUAUAGAUCCUCUAUUCACACGUCAGCAAUGACUAAUCCUGCUUCCUCCAAUCACAGCAUGGCCUUAGGCAUUGACUACCCUGGGGGGAAAGCUGUGAUUGGAGAAAGCUGGAUUAGUCAUUGCUGACAUGUGAAUGGAGGAUCUCUAGGUGGGGGAAGCUGCUCUAGCUGUGAAAAGAAAAAAGUAUUUUUUUUUUUUAACAAAACAGCUGCUUUGUAAACUUUGAUGAAUGAAAGUGCCCCUGUUUUUAAUAGUAUUUUUAAAAAACGGGCUUUCAUUCACCAAAGUUUACCUUCACUUUAACAUUGCAUGCUCUAUCGGAAUUUGGAAGUUUUGUUUUGACUUUACUGUCCAUUUAAACAACCUGUACAUUGCCAUUUUACCUUGUGCUUAGAGUAGAAUUGGUUACAGUAGGGAAAUAAUGGGGUUAGUUACAGGACAAAUAAGUUAUAGCAUAGUAAUAAACUGUUGCCCACAAAAAUGCUUGAGGCAGCUUUGGGGAGUAUAUGAUUGCUACCUGUUCUCUGUUUAGUUGCUUUUUAUGUUAAACUUUCAUGAGUCAGAUAGAGCAGCAAUUUUUAGCAACUUUCUAAUUUAUUCCUAUUAUCACAUUUUCUUUGUUCUCUUGGUAUCUUUAUUUGAAUGUAAGCAUAGGAGCCAGCCCAUUUUUAAUUCAGCACCUGGGUAGCGCUUGCUGAUUGGUUGGCUAUAUUUAGACACCAAUCAGAAAGUGCUACCCAAGUGCUAAACCAAAAAUGGGCUGACUCCUAAGAUUACAUUCUUGCUUUUUCAAAUAAAGAUACCAAGACAACAAAGAAAAAUUGGUAAUAGGAGUAAAUUAGAAAGUUGAUUAAAAUUGCUGCUUCUAUCUGAAUCGUUAAAGUUUUAUUUUGACUAGACUAUCCCUUUAAACAUGCAGUUCAGGAUGGUACCAUAAAUGGUAGUGUCCAUAGUAGUACAAUUAUUUUGAACUAAUUCUCAGAGUCUCUGGUUUUGAUUCAGCAUUGUCUUGCACCAAAGGAGAUUGGACUGCAUAUCUGAUAUAGAACUCUUAAUGAAAUAAGCAAACAUUGAAUGUCAGUGUGAUACAAAGGUUAACUUAUUUAAUUGUACGGUUGUAACAUUGCAGAUAGACUGCCAGUCAUUUUCCUUUGCUAUUCCAUUAAUUAACAUAUACAACACCAUAUUGUACUGUAGGUAGUCUAUACAGUGUUAUGCAUGUAGCUGAAGAUCUAUGACAGCACCCUGCUCCAGAUUGUUGUAACGUUUUUAUUUAUUUUUGGCCUGACAUGAGAUGUAACUUUUCAAGAAAUUCAUUUUUCUGCACUUGCCUUGUAAACAUUCCUUGAAAAGUUUUAAUUUUGCAGCUGCUCAUGUAAACUUCUGUAUGUUCAUUCUUUAACAUCAUGUAACAUGUUAUGAUGGAAUUCAGAUUGUUUUUAGUAGGUUUCAAACUAUGAAAUGUCUCAGUGUAAGAUGUUACAAAUAAAAGGUAAAAACUAUGAUGGCAUGUCUCAGUGUAAGAUGUUACAAAUAAAAGGUAAAAACUA